AUGCAAGACUACACUGACAAGGUCAAGGCAACAGAUGCAGAUGCUGACCAGUUUGGUGAAAUUGAGUAUUUUCUUUACGAUGGAUUUCAUUAUUAUGAAAAAUCCAAAGCCUUCCAGAUUGACCCACGUACUGGUCAGAUCUGUGUAUCUCAAGACAUUGACAGAGAAGAAGAUCCAGCCACGUAUGAUCUCUUAGUAAAAGCUGUGGAUGGGGACUUACAGGGUAUCUUGCAUCUGCUAAAUAUGAAGGGUGGGCUGAGUGCCCAAGCUUUUGUUCGCAUCGAGAUAGAAGAUAUUAACGAUAAUCAACCUGUUUUUGAACAAGCCAUCUAUGUGACGAGCAUCAGCAGUCACACACAGCCAGGAACAGAGAUCAUCAACAUUGUUGCCACAGACAGAGAUUCGGGAAUAUAUGGUGUUGUCACAUAUGAACUGGUCCCGGGAGAAUUUUCUUCCUUUUUCACAGUGGAUGCAUCUACAGGAAUUAUUUACCUGAUCUCAGCUCUUGACCACCUGGUGCGUUCUGUGCUCUUCCUGACUGUUUCUGCACGGGAUGGGGGUGGCCUUCCCUCUGCCACCAAAGCAGCCAUCACAGUAAACAUCCUUCAGACCACUUCGGCCCCUGCCGUAUUUGAGAGAUCCCGGUAUAGUUUUUCUGUUCCUGAAGAUGCACCUGAAGGCAGCCUGAUCGGCACUGUAAAGGCCAAAAAGCCUCCAAAUUCUUUAGAAGUGGUUUCUUACAGAAUUUCCUCCGGUGAUCCACAUGGGACAUUCUCUAUUGACCCCCAGUUUGGUAUCAUCCGCACCAAAAAACCACUUGACCAUGAAGCUCAGUCUGUUGUGGUGCUCACCAUUCAGUCACAGCUGGGUAACUCCCCUGUCUACAGCAGCACCCAGGUCAACGUAUCUGUGGUAGAUGUUAAUGACAAUCCUCCGGUAUUUCUUGCCAAAUCUGAUAAGGUAACUAUUUCACAUACCCAGCCUCCUGGCACUGCUGUCUACGUUGCUCACGCAGAAGACAAAGACAGUGGCCUAAAUGGGGCAAUCAAAUACAGUAUUGCAAGCAACCAGUCAAAUACAUUUGGCGUUGAUCCGAGCCUUGGAGUGGUAAACCUCACCAGGACAGAUUUUGCAGAUGAGCAGCGAACUCUACACAUAGCAGCUGAAGACUGUGGAAGUCCUCCUCUGACUUCUUUGCUGAUGCUGACAGUGAUCAUUGAAGAGCACAAGAUGAGCCCUACUUUGGUUUUUCAAAACUUAGUGUAUCGAGUAGAAAUCAGUGAAGCUACCUCUCCAGGUGCCCGGAUCCUGCAGGUUCAAGCCCACUCACUUGAUCCACACAGCGUUACCUCCAAGCUGACGUAUUCCUUAGAGCCUAGCACAGAUUCUGUUGCAUUUGGAAUCAGCCCUGAUGCUGGCUGGAUUUAUCUUCGGAAACAUUUGGACUAUGAAAGUGCACAGAUACUAAGUUUUAGAGCCCUGGUCAGCACCUCCGAGGACGAAAACCUCAGGCAAAAUGCAAGUACAUCGGUAAUAGUUAAUGUCCUGGAUGAAAAUGAUAAUUCUCCCAUGUUUACGCGCGAGAGCUACUUCUUUGAAAUAGAGGAAAAUCCAGUUCCCAGGGGUGUGGUUGGCACCGUUACAGCUGUUGACAAAGACUCGGGAAGAAAUGGACAAAUUUCCUAUUUCCUCUUGUCUGAUGGAAAGUAUUUCAAGAUGAAUUCCAACACAGGUGAAAUUAUAAACUGGGUUGCGCUAGACCGCGAGGAGCAGGCUCACCACCGACUGACGGUGCUGGCGACCGACCGGGGGUCCGGGCGGCUGAAUGCCACGGCGGCGGUCUACCUCGCCGUGCGGGACCGGAACGACAACGCGCCCGCCUUCCCUCGCUGUUAUCCACGUAUGUUUGCAAAUUAUUUAUAACCUGCUUGACGACAGGUUUUGGAAGGGCAGCCGUCAGGGACCCGUAUUACCACUGUCUUUGCAAAAGACUUGGAUGCUGGAAACAACAGUGCGGUGUUAUAUUCAAUAGAAUCAGAAGAGGAUAGAGGAUAUUUCCAGAUUGAUGCUGUCAGUGGGGAGUUAAGAACAACCCGGUCUCUGUCACACGCUGAGAGAUCGGACUACAGAAUAAGGGUCACAGCCAGGGAUCAGGGGAUGCCUUCACUUCAAGGACAUGCUGUGAUUUACAUCCAGGUAAUCCCACAUCCCAAUGGGAAAUCUGUGUUCUCUCAAGAUUUCAAGCAUUUUGUCGUACCUGAAAAUUUUAAACCGGCACAAGUGUUGAAUUCUCUGAAGUGGCUUGAUAAUCAUCUAACAACUAACGGGAAACUGCAUUUCAGUAUCGUGAAAGAUGAUGAUGAUGUUCAUUUUGAGAUAAAUAGCUUGACAGGAGACCUUUUUCUUUCCAAGGAACUUGACUAUGAAACAGCUUCGCACUUCCUUUUGCAAGUUAUUAUAAAGGAUUAUAAUAAUAAUCCUCCACAGAAUAACACUGUCUUCCUAAGUAUCGACGUAGAAGAUCAGAAUGAUCAUUCUCCGUAUUUUCAAGAUGACUUUGUAGUGAUUGGCAUAGAGGAAAAUGUACCUGUUGGCACUCUGGUUUACACAUUCAAUGCAAAAGAUGGAGAUGGCAGUUUUCUGAACAGCAAAAUACAGUAUUCCCUGGAAAUGAGUAACAUGGGUGAAAAUCCAUUUAUUAUUCACCCUUCAUAUGGCACCUUGACCACAGCUUUUCCACUAGACAGGGAGGUUACUCGCUCUGUGAUCCUUACAGUAUCUGCAGCAGACCAGCCAAUAAAUCUGACAGAUCGUAGGCUUGGUUCACUGGCUGUGAAAAUUGUUAUUUUGGAUAUCAAUGACAACAAUCCCAGUUUUACAUCUUCAUCUCUUUCCUAUGUCAUGGAGGAUGUGGAGGUGGGCUUCCUUGUGCACCGCAUAAUUGCUAAGGAUCCUGAUGAGGGAAGAAAUGGACAAGUUACAUAUCACAUUCUUUCAGGCAAUGAAAACCAAACAUUUGUAUUGGAUAAAAUCACAGGACUCCUAAGUACAGCCCAGCUUCUGGACCGUGAGAUUCAGGAGUGCUACAGUUUGACAGUCAUGGCUCUUGAUGAUGGCAGCCCAGCGCUCUCUGCCACUCAGGUUCUAACCAUCAUUGUUCUUGAUGUGAAUGAUGAGACCCCGAUAUUUUCAAAGCAACUUUACGAGACCGCAGUUCGUGAAAACCAAGACCCAGGGGAGUUUGUCAUAAAGGUGGAAGCUGUGGACAGAGAUACAGGACUGAAUUCCUUGCUGCGGUAUGAAAUCUUACCAGGAAUGGGUUAUGAGAAAUUCAAGAUGAACUCGGGCAGUGGAGAACUCGUAACAACUGCAUCACUGGACAGGGAAACCCACGAGGUUUUCAGUAUUAAAGUUUUGGUUCAAGAUGGUGGAACCCCACCACUGUCGAGCACGGUGAUAGUUAUCUGCAAAGUGCUGGAUGAGAAUGAUCACUCUCCCAUGUUUCUUCUUCCUGCCCCUGAGAUCCAUAUUCCAGAGAACCAACAGCCUUCUGUCAUUUACAUUACCCGGGCUGUAGAUGUGGACGCUGGCAAUAACGGAGCUCUAAGAUACAAAAUAAUUGGUGGAAAUGUUGGAGAAUACUUCACGCUAAAUAACACCUCAGGAAAACUGCUGCUCACUCGUAGCUUAGACAGAGAAGACAUCAGCAAUUUCAGUCUUGUAAUUGAGUGCCAUGACCUUGGCAGCCCCUCAAGAAGCUCUACCAUGCAGCUCUAUCUGACGGUCUUGGAUGAAAAUGACCACAACCCAUUGUUUGCAAAGACCCAAUAUCAAAUCACUGUGAGAGAAGACCUAGAGGAAGGCUCAGUCAUCCUGGACCUCUUUGCUUCUGAUGAAGAUGAUGGCCUGAAUGGCAGAAUUACGUACUCCCUCAUUGACGACACCUUCGGAGCAUUUGCUAUUGACAGUGUAACUGGGUCUAUAGUUACUACAAAGGCACUGGACCGGGAGACCAAACCCCAGUAUACGUUUAGGGCUGUGGCAAGUGACUGUAGCACGCAUGUGCCAAGAAGCACCACUGUCAGGGUUGUGGUGCACGUUGAUGAUGUCAAUGACAAUGAUCCUGUUUUUUUGCAGAAUCCUAUCAGGGCCUUUGUGCCUGCUGAAACUGCUGUGAAUGAGACAGUAGCCGCUGUGAGAGCAGAGGAUGCGGAUCUGGGGCCAAAUGGAGCUGUUCUUUUUAGUUUGAUGCUAGCAGAAGCUGUAUUUCAGAUCGACACGAAGACAGGUGACAUCAUUCUUCAGGAGCCCUUGACUUCCAAGGACUUCAGUACCCAGCUGCUAGUGAUGGCUUCAGAUCAAGGUACCUCACCUCGAACAGCCACAGCUGUGGUCAUUAUCUUCACAGAGGAACAAGAGGAGGAGAUUUUGUUCAGCCAUAGCCUGUAUGAAGCAAGCGUGCCUGAGAACAGUGCAGCAGGUACAUUACUUCUAACUGUAGAAGCUUAUGAACGCAAAUUUACAGGAGAAAACAUAAAAUACAGCAUUUUCAGCGAGAAGGAAAGCAUAUUCUCCAUACACCCCAUUACAGGUGCAAUUACGGUAAAAGAGCCAAAGUUUCUUGAUUAUGAAGUUAAGAAUAAAACACAUCUUUCAGUUUUGGCUGAAAGUAGCUUGAAUUCGGCGCUUUGUGGAGUGACAGUUUUGAUACAAGAUGUGAAUGACAAUGUACCUAAAUUUGAGCAAAGCUAUUACAAAGCAUCAGUAUGGGAAGGCCAAAGUCCUAAAACAGACAUUAUACAGGUAUUUACAACUGACCUUGACAGUGGGCUGAAUGGAGAAACUGAAUACUCAAUUUUAUCUGGUAAUGAAAAUGCAGCAUUUCUAAUUGAUUCAGCACGAGGCAUUUUAACAACUAAUACAGUCCUAGAUCAUGAAAACACUUCAUCUUACAGGUUGGUUGUGCAAGCUGCUGAUAAAGGAAAUCCCAGACUUUCUGCUACGAGUAUUGUGAGGGUACAGGUGUUAGAUGUUAAUGACAAUCCUCCAGUUGUCCAACCACUAGGUGAAGUGGAAGUCCGAGAAGAUGCCCUGCCUGGUUUUAUAGUGACUCGGGUGUCAGCAAGUGAUGUGGACUCCAGGCCAGCACUUCAAUUUGGUUUUAUUUAUGGUAAUAGUCCUGGAAUGAAAUUUGACAUCGAUCAACACACCGGUGUAGUCACAGUGGUGGAACCAUUAGAUUUUGAAGAAACUGCGGUGUUUAACCUGAGAAUCAUAGUUUCAGAUUCUGUACAUCAAACAGAAGCAGAGCUCACCAUCCUUGUUUUGGAUGUCAAUGAUAACCCACCAGUGUUUACUCAGGAUUUGUAUCAGGUGAGCUUACCAGAGCUCAUUUCUAUGGAUGCCACUGUUCUGACAGUCUCUGCUGUGGAUAGGGAUUUGGAGCAUAAUGGAAUGAUUUCCUACAAAAUCCUCUCUUCCUCUGAGGGAUUUUCCAUUGAUCACAAGAAUGGUUCAGUGUUCACUACAGGACCAGUGACACAGCUGGAAAAUAUUUCCAAUAUUCAGCUCCUGAUAGAAGCCACGGAUGGUGGCAGUCCCCCUCUGAGUGCAGUCACCUCUGUAGAAGUGCAUGUAGAAGAUGUAAAUAACUAUGCCCCUCAGUUCACAAGGGUUCUGUACAAUCUCAGCGUGAGUGAGGAUGCCUCAGUUGGAGAAAGUCUCCUCACGUUUUCAGCCAUCGACUAUGACUGGACUCGUGAAAACACGUAUGUUGAGUACUCUAUUAUUGAUGGCAAUGCUGAGAAUUUAUUCUCCGUGGAAACAAGUGUCGUGAAGUCAGAUACAUCCUUCAGACUUGUUGGCAGUCUUGUUUUGAGCAAUAUUCUCGACAGGGAAACAACUUCUUCUCACUGUUUGGUUCUCCUUGCCUCUGAUCAUGGAACACCCUCCUUGAAUUCAACUGCUACUGUGCUAAUAACUGUGCUGGAUGUUAAUGACAAUCCUCCAGUAUUUAGAAGCCCAGAGUACCAUAUUCGUGUGAAAGAAAGCAUCCCUGUAGGUAGUCAUGUCACUGAGGUUUCAGCAAAUGACCGCGAUGCAGGCACUAAUGCAGAGAUCACUUAUGCUGUCAUCUCUGGGAAUGACAGGGGACAUUUUCGCUUGAAUGGGAAAACAGGAUCAGUGGAUUUGAUGAAAACGCUGGAUUAUGAGGAUACCAUGAAAUUCACUUUGAUCAUCCAAGCCAUAGAUGGAGGAGCUGAUGUAAAAAAUGUGGCCUUUUCUGUUGUUGUAGUUUGCAUCCUAGAUGACAACGAUUAUGCACCCCUGUUCUUGUUUCCCAGCCUGAGCUGCACUGUUAGUGAAAAUCUGCCCAUCUUUUCUUUUGUGUGUGCUGUUAAUGCACUGGAUUUUGAUAAAGGCUCCUACGGACACCUUACCUACUCCAUCCAGUCUUCAUGUUUGGCUCAUCGUGAAGCCCCUAGAGACCAUGACAUGUUCUUCAUUGAUCCUUUGAUGGGAGAUAUUCAUACAAAGCAAGUGUUUGACUAUGAAAGUCAGAAUAGAUACUGUCUCAUAAUCCAAGCAAAAGACAAAGGUGACUUACUGGCGACUGUUACAGUUCAGGUAGAUAUUGAGGGGACAGAUGAAUAUGACCCAGCGUUUACACAAGAUCAGUAUUUCUUCAAUCUCCCUGAGAAGAAUGAAGCAGGCCAGUUGCUUGGCAGAGUGACAGCAUCAGACAAUGAUGGUGGACUGGACGGAAUUGUUAAUUACUCCCUGCUAAAAACUUCUCCAUUCUUUUCUGUGAAUCAAACCAGUGGUAAUAUUUAUUUGACUCAGAGUGUUCACAGAAAGAAAAAUGACAGCAAAAGGAAUGAUGACACCCUGGAAUUGUUGGUAAGAGCUCAUAGCCCGAAAAUGAAGUCAAAAUUCACAGUAUGCACUGUUCUGGUAAAUGUUUCCAAUUCUCCUCAGAGUUAUCCCAUAGUGUCAGCAUACGGCCUGUCCAUUAGUGUUUCGGUCGUCUUCAUCGUGUUCAUACUGCUUGCGGUCAGUCUUAUUGCACUUAUUCUGAGACGUAAGUGGAAAAAUCUGAUGAAAUCUUGUGUGAGAAAAGAAGCAGUAUCCUCCUCAGCUACUGAUGUGAAUGCAGCCAGUGAGUAUAAGGACUGCCAGAAAAUCCAAAGUACUGAGAGCAGUAUGUUUCCAGUGGGUGCCAUAGCAGAGUGGCUGAGCCUAGCAGGAGUUGGAGAGGGGAAGGGUGAUGGUGUCCCCUGCAGGCUUUCAGGAGAGGGGAAGGAUGAUGGUGUCCCCUGCAGGCAUUCAGACUCCAGUGGCCACGGUUCUACCGAAGGAGAAACUGCAGAGGACGAGGAAAUCAAAAGGAUCAAUGAGCAUCCUUGCAGAAAGAACACUGGCUCAGCGCUCAGUGAGUGUGGCUCAUGGGUGCCAGAUUCGGGGAUCCCAAGAGAGUCUGAUCAGCAAUCCUGUCAGUGUGGAGAAACGGGUGUCGUGGCUACCACGCAGAGCACAGAGAGCGUGCAGGCCAUUAGAGGAGAAGACAGAGAAGAAGCCUGUGACACAGCCUACACACAUAAAUUGUUGUCUCAAACACUUAAGAAAACUCGGAUAAAAGAGACAGACAUGAUGAUAGACCUCACAAGAGAGUAUGUCUUGAUGUCAGAUGGGCAGGACUCUGGGUAUGAUUCGCUUGCAGGUCUUGGCAACUCUGAUGAGGAUCUCAGAGGUGGUUAUAACUGGGAUUAUGUGCUCAGCUGGGAACCCAGAUUUCAACCUCUUGCCUCAGUGUUUAGUGAUAUUGCAAAACUGAAAGAUGAAAAUGUACACAUUCGUGGCUUCUCUGAGGAGAAGAAAUCACUUGUUUUCCCUCCUCCCUUGAUAACAUCAGUAGCUCAGCCUGGUGUAAGGACAGUGCCAUCUCAAGCAACAAAUAUAAUAGCAGGGCAAGCAUUUAAAAAAUACCCUCGUUCUCCCCUUAUCCAUAAUCUUGAAUACCCUCCACCAACCAUGACACCCAGUUUUUCUCCUUCUCUCUCUUUACUUACUAUGCAGACGCCUACUGCUUCUCCAGUAAUGUCUGACUGGAGAAUGAUAGGAACAUGUCUUAUUGAUCCAAGCCAUGAACUUGCAACAGAGGAAGACAUUCAGAUCUAG